CAGCCACCCCCCAAGAAAAAGCUUCCUUAGCCGUCGAUCGAUCCCCCAAUCCCUACCUCCUUAACCCUCGAUCGAUCCCCCAAUCUCCUCCUGCUAUUCCUAGUCCCUUUCACCUCCUCUUCCCCCAAUUCAAUUUCGAAAACCCUAGCUCGAGAUUCGCUGUAAAAGGAGGAAUUGAUCGGUGUGCGAGAUCCGCUUUUCGAUAGAUCUCGGCGAUCGUGUAAAGUUUGAGUUUUUAUCGCUUUUCCCGACCUCCUGAUGCCAGAUUCCGUGCCCUAGGUUCCCGCCGACGCCGCCCUUCGCCGCCGCCUCUGGGCGAGGGAGGUGCUCGCCUUUGUAUGGAAACGCGGAGCCGCAAGCGGGCGGAGGCCUCCUCUUCUCAAGCCCCCACCACCCGCUCCUCCAAGCGCUCCCGCACCACCGCCGCCGCCCCUGCCGCCGCCGCCGCCUCUGCCCCCACCGCUGCCGCCGCUCCUCCGACGACGCGCUCCCGCCGCUCUCAGAACAACCCUCUGCCAGCUACUCCUAACCCUCCUCCCGCCACCUCCGCCGCAACAGCCCCGAUGGACCCUUCCUCUGGCGACUCCUCCGCGGGCCGCCGCCGCAGCUCGGGACGGAACCACUCGGACAAGGGCAAGGAGCAGGAGCCGCCGGAGGCGUCCCGGUCUCGCGAACGGGAGCGAGAAGCCGAGCGGCUUGUCGGUCUCAGCUUCUCAGCCGCUGCGGGAGAUGACGACAAUGACGGUGAUGGCGGCGUCAGCAUCCUUCACCAGAAUUUCACCUCCGCUAGCACGGCUUUACAGGGCCUGCUCCGCAAGCUUGGUGCGGGUCUCGACGAUCUCCUGCCGUCGGGGUCUGUAUCGGUGGCCUCUUCCUCGUCACAGCAGAGCGGGAGGCUGAAGAAGAUCUUGUCAGGGCUGAGGGCCGACGGAGAGGAGGGACGCCAAGUGGAGGCGCUUACUCAGCUCUGCGAGAUGCUGUCCAUUGGAACCGAGGAGUCCCUAGGAUCAUUCUCAGUUGACUCGUUUGUUCCUGUUCUCGUUGGAUUGCUUAAUCACGAGAGCAAUCCUGAUAUCAUGCUGCUUGCUGCGCGAGCCCUCACCCAUCUGUGCGAUGUCCUCCCAUCAUCGUGCUCUGCUGUGGUGCACUAUGGGGCUGUGCCGUGCUUCUGUGCCCGGCUGCUUACCAUCGAGUACAUGGACCUUGCAGAACAGUCUCUGCAAGCUCUUAAGAAGAUAUCGCAAGAAAACCCCACUGCUUGUUUGCGUGCUGGUGCUCUAAUGGCAGUGCUGUCUUAUCUCGAUUUCUUUUCCACAGGUGUUCAGAGAGUAGCAUUAUCCACUGCGGCAAAUAUGUGUAAGAAGUUGCCUUCUGAUGCGGCGGACUUUGUGAUGGAAGCAGUUCCAUUGUUAACAAACCUCCUAAACUAUCAUGAUUCAAAGGUGCUGGAACAUGCUUCUGUUUGCUUGACACGUAUUGCAGAAGCUUUAGCUUCAUCUCCCGAAAAAUUAGAUGAGUUAUGCAAUCACGGGUUGGUUGCACAAGCUGCAGCACUAAUAUCUGUUAGUAAUUCGGGAGGACAGGCUUCUUUGAGUACUUCGACAUACACGGGUUUAAUCCGGCUCCUUUCGACAUGUGCAAGUGGAUCUCCUCUUGUGGCUAAAACUCUUCUUCUUCUUGGAAUCAGCAGCACUUUAAAAGAUAUACUAUCAGGUUCCGGUAUUGUAGCUGGUGCUUCUGUAUCGCCUGCUCUAACAAGGCCAUCAGAGCAGAUAUAUGAGAUCGUCAAUCUUGCGGAUGAGCUUCUUCCUUCGUUGCCUCAAGGAACCAUCUCUCUUCCAAUCUGCUAUAAUGUUCUUGUCAAAGGCUCAUCUGUGAAGAAAUCACCAGCUGUUAAUUCAGGCAAGCAAGAUGAGAACAGUUCAAUGGAGAAUGAAACUUCAGCUCGUGAGAAGUUAUUGCAUGAUCAACCAGAACUUCUUCAGCAGUUUGGAAUGGACCUACUUCCGAUCUUGAUACAGGUUUAUGGGUCCAGUAUAAAUGGUCCUGUUCGUCACAAGUGUCUCUCCGUUAUUGGCAAAUUAAUGUACUUCAGCUCAGCUGAUAUGAUUCAGUCUUUACUUGGUGCAACCAACAUAUCCAGCUUCUUAGCAGGGAUUUUGGCCUGGAAAGAUCCGCAAGUACUGAUCCCUGCUCUCCAAAUAGCAGAGAUUCUCAUGGAAAAGCUUCCUGGAACAUUUUCUAAGAUGUUUGUGAGGGAAGGAGUUGUUCAUGCUGUGGAUACACUCAUAUCCUUAGAUUCAUCUUCUGUUGCUGCUCCUCAAGCAACAACGGUGGAAAAGGACAAUAAUGAUCCUACACCUGGAACCUCUUCACGCUCCCGUCGUUACAGACGCCGCAAUGCUGGUUUGAAUGCAGAGAACAGCUUGUUGGACGAGCCAAAAGGUGCUUUAUUGGGAAGCACUGCUUCACCUUCGGCUUCUGUAGAAGUCCCAACAGCAAACUCUAGUCUUCGUGCUGCAGUCAGUGCAUGUGCAAAAUCUUUUAAAGAAAAAUACUUUCCAGCUGAUCCUGAUUUGAGUGAAGUUGGAGUUACUGAUGACCUCCUAUGCUUAAAAUCUCUUAGUAUAAAACUAAAUACUUGUGUUGAGAGUGCAAUAAAAACAAAGGGCAAGGGUAAAUCAAAAGCUUUUGGAGCUACUUCCUUUGACAUUUCAUCUUCAACUGAGGAACAAUUAAAUGAAGUAAUAACUGAAAUGUUGGGUGAGCUUCGCAAAGGGGAUGGAGUCUCCACAUUUGAGUUUAUUGGCAGCGGUGUUGUUUCAUCGUUACUGAAUUACUUAACAUGCGGUACAUAUGGGAAGGAGAAAAUUACAGAAGCAAACUUGCCUAAGCUUCGCCAACAAGCACUUAGGAGAUAUAAGUCAUUCAGUGCAAUCACUCUUCCUUAUGAGAUUAAAGAAGGCAGUGAAACUCCAAUGGCAGUAUUGGUUCAGAAACUGCAAAAUGCAUUAUCUUCUUUGGAGCGUUUCCCAGUUGUGCUUAGCCAUUCGGGGAGGUCGUCUAGCCUUGGUGGGGCCCGUUUGUCAUCAGGAUUAGGCGCUUUAUCCCAGCCUUUUAAAUUAAGGCUAUGUAGAGCUCAAGGUGAAAAAUCUCUUCGGGAUUAUUCAUCGAAUAUUGUACUCAUCGAUCCCUUGGCGAGUUUAGCAGCUGUUGAGGAGUUCCUUUGGCCGAGAGUUCAGAGAACUGAUCCUGGGCAGAAGCCAUCAGCAGCUUCUGGAAAUGCAGAGUCUGGAGCUUCUGCCGCUGGCACAGGUGCUUCAUCAGCAUCCACAUCAGUUCCGUCAGGCCGGCGCCCCUCAACAAGAUCUAGGUCAUCAGCAGCGACUGGUGGUGGAGCUAAGAAGGAUGGCCAGGAGGGGAGUGCGAGUUCUUCUAAAGGGAAGGGUAAAGCCGUUCUGAAAUCUGCUUCGGAAGAAGCUAAAGGACCCCAAACAAGAAAUGCUACUCGGAGAAGGGCUGCCUCAGAUAAAGAUGAAGAAAUGAAGCCUGCUCAUGGGGACUCUAGCUCUGAGGAUGAGGAGCUUGAUAUAUCUCCUGUUGAGAUUGAUGAUGCUCUGAUGAUUGAUGAGGAUGAUAUCUCAGAGGAUGAAGAUGACGAUCAUGAGGAGGUUCUAAGAGAUGGCUCACUUCCUAUCUGUGUACCCGAGAAGGUACACGACGUCAAAUUAGGGGACACAGCUGAAGAUGCCAAUAUAUCUUCUUCUGCUAGCGAUAGCCAAACACAACCUACAUCAGGUUCUAAUAAUAGAAAUGCACCAGCUGGUGCUGAGUCUGCGGAGCUCCGUAGUGGAAGUGCUUUUGGUUCGAGGGGGGCGAUGUCUUUUGCAGCUGCUGCCAUGGCUGGGCUGGCCUCUGUGAGUGGUCGUGGUAUCCGAGCCAGUCGAGACCGUCGCGGUCAGCCACUUGGAAGCAGUUCAAGCGAUCACUAUAACAAGUUGAUAUUCACAGCUGGCGGGAAACAGCUCAGCAAGCAUCUGACGAUAUAUCAGGCGAUCCAACGCCAGCUGGUGCUGGAUGAAGACGACGAUGAAAGAUUCAAUGGGUCCGACAUGCCUAAUGAUGGCAAUAGGUUCUGGAAUGACAUAUUCACGAUAACUUAUCAGAAAGCCGAUAGUCAGGUUGAUAGGGCAUCUUCUCAGGGAGGUUCAACUUCCUCAGCAUCGAAGUCUUCCAGAUCUACUUCUGCUUGCAAAGAAGCUCGUUGUCAGCAGAUGUCACUUCUUGACAGCAUUUUGCAAGGAGAGCUCCCUUGCGACCUAGAAAAAUCAAAUCCUACCUACAACAUUUUGGCUUUAUUACGCGUAUUGGAGAGUUUGAAUCAACUAGCUCCUCGUUUGAGAGUACAAGCAAUAUCUGAUGAUUUUGCUGAGGGAAAGAUUUCUACUCUUGAGGAACUCUAUAGAACUGGAACUAGGGUACCUUCUGAAGAGUUUGUCAAUAGCAAGUUAACCCCCAAACUGGCUAGGCAAAUUCAGGACGUUCUUGCUUUAUGUAGUGGUAGUCUCCCUUCGUGGUGUUAUCAGAUGACAAAAGCUUGCCCCUUCCUGUUUCCUUUCGAGACAAGGAGGCAGUUCUUUUAUUCCACAGCUUUCGGGCUAUCUCGUGCGCUGCACCGCCUCCAGCAACAAAAUGCUGAUAAUCAUAACUCAGCAAGCGAGAGAGAGGUUCGGGUGGGCCGCUUGCAACGGCAAAAAGUGCGUGUUUCGAGAACCCGUGUAUUGGAUUCUGCUGCAAAAGUUAUGGAGAUGUUUUCAAGUCAGAAAGCUGUUCUGGAAGUGGAGUAUUUUGGGGAAGUCGGCACAGGAUUGGGCCCUACUUUGGAGUUUUAUACUCUUUUGAGCCAUGACUUGCAAAAGAUUGGAUUAGGGUUGUGGAGAUCAGAUAUAAUGGAUAAUUCUGCAAUGGAAGUUGAUGGAAAUGAAGUAAAUGAAGGGAAUAAUGAUGGGCGUUCCGAAGGAAAGAAAACUGAAUCUGAUUCGCCUAUUGGGAGAAGAGACUUAAUCCAAGCUCCUCUUGGCUUGUUCCCUCGUCCCUGGCCACCAAACUCAGAUGCAUCAAGUGGUAGCCUCUUUUCUAAAGCUGUAGAACAUUUCCGCCUUAUUGGUCGAGUUAUGGCUAAAGCUCUUCAAGAUGGAAGGCUUCUUGACCUGCCCCUGUCAACAGCUUUUUACAAGCUCAUUUUGGGUCAAGAACUUGAUUUGUAUGAUAUAUUUUCAUUUGAUGCUGAGCUGGGAAAGACAUUGCAAGAAUUGCUAGUUCUUGUCCACCGUAAACAGUUUUUGGAGUCCAGCGCCGGUGAUAAUCAGCAGGCACUUGCUGAUUUAUGCUUCCGUGGUGCUCCUAUUGAAGAUCUGUGCCUAGAUUUCACACUUCCUGGUUAUCCUGAGUAUAUUCUUAAAGAAGACAAAGAAAGCACAAUUGUUAACAUCAACAAUUUGGAAGAGUAUAUCUCAUUGGUAGUUGAUGCUACUGUCAAAACGGGAAUCAUGCAGCAGAUGGAAGCAUUUAGGCAAGGCUUUAACCAGGUCUUCGACCUCUCAUCUUUGCAAAUAUUCUCUCCGCAUGAGCUCGACUACCUAAUCUGUGGCAGAAGAGAGCUAUGGGAGGCGGAGACACUGGUUGAUCACAUAAAAUUCGAUCAUGGAUACACUGCCAAGAGCCCUGCCAUUGUCAAUUUGCUUGAGAUUAUGGGUGAGUUUACCCCAGAGCAGCAGCAUGCAUUUUGUCAAUUUGUGACCGGUGCUCCUCGGCUUCCACCUGGUGGUCUCGCUGCUCUUAAUCCCAAGCUGACCAUAGUGCGGAAGCAUUCUUCCAAUGUCACGAAUACGGCAUCUAACGGCACGGGGUUGUCUGAAUCGGUUGAUGAUGAUUUGCCAAGUGUUAUGACUUGUGCCAACUACCUUAAACUGCCCCCCUACUCGACCAAGGAAAUUAUGUACAAGAAGCUACUUUAUGCUAUUAAUGAAGGCCAGGGCUCAUUUGAUCUCUCGUAAAGCUUUAAGACUAACGUAGAUAGAUAUUUUGUCCUGCAUCAGUGUUCUUCUCCUUGGCCUGUAUGCCUGGUAGCUUCAGCUUAAAGAGCUACCAAUGGCUUGGCCUCGGAAGCAUUUGAGAGGGAUUCAGGAGACCAUCUCUUCGCCAGUGUCUGUAAAUAAGAAAACUUUGUUUGGUUGUUCGAUAGGCUAUGAAAUUUAUUCAACAAAGCUAGAUAAAAGUUCCAAUGAAUUAUUUCGAAUGAAUAUCUUCUAAUGCAAAUUCAUGAUUUUGAAUAAUGAAAUGGAGGAUGCUGAUAUUAUUAGUAAACGAGGUAAUGUUUGUUUCAAUAAGGCCAAGUUAACUGCCUUUGCAGAAUGUUUUGAAGUACCAAGAAAAAACGAUCAUUGCCGUUUAAGUGCUA